AUGCAUUUUACAAAACCAAUCAAGGGUCUUGUCCUUGCUCUGGCAAUCGCGCCUUUAUCCUCUGCAGUCCCUCAGGGUUUCCAGCAAGAUGGCAAUUACAAUGGGAUUGGUCGAGGCUAUCCCGCACCAAUCACCAAUUGCUAUACGGACGCUGUCACGAAGCAAACCCGAAGGCCAAGUACCAAAUGGUCAACUCGAACAACAUCUUGCACCUGGACAAGCACUACCGCACUUACUGUCACUACCACUCCAGUAACGACUUCCACAGUGACAAAGACUGAUACCAAAACCAGCACUGCACCUCCAACUAACACGACCACGACCACAACCACGACCACUUCGACGUCAACAAGUACUAGCACGACCACUACAACCACAACAAUUAGUACGUUCACAGUCGUUCCGACGUCAACGGGCUUCAUUCCCAUCGAAACCUCAGUUCCAGGUUCGACAACACAACGAACACCAACCAAGAGUAAGAAGCGAGCUCCAAGGUUCAAUCCCGAUGUCGAAUUUGCACGAGGAUACUCUCCUGCAAACCUUAAUUCAUCUAGAUCCGGAGCCAAACUAUUGCCAGCAGGUGAUGUCAAUUGCUAUGUGAAUGUUGGGAAAUGCGCCACAGCCACUGUCAAACUACUUCAACAAGCACGACCACGACCACCACCACCACCACCAGUACUUCGACGGAGACCUCGACAUCGUUUACUUCGACAAGUUAUGCAGCCUGGUGAGUGA